UGAUGCCAACGUCGUAAGAAAAACUCGGACGCUCCCGUUUUUCUCCCCCUUGUGUCUGUAGAGACCCAUGAAUAAUUUCUUGUCUUUGAUUUCAAUGGCGGGCCUGGUUUAUUGAGGUUUUCAGACGCACUUCACAGUGAAAGGAAUCAAACCAGGUGUUUAGUUGAGCUCAUGGCUAGUUGUUCGUGAGGGGCAGUAAGGACCAGGAGUGGUGCUCAAAUGGAUAUGAAUUAUUAAUUUUGUUCUAAAAUAUGCUGAAUUGGGUGAAUCGAACUUGAUUCUUUUUGGGCUCAAGACUCGAAGGGCUAUGUCUUCUGGUGAAAAAUCUUCCAACGGCUACAUGGAUGUCAAGACUCUAGGAAAAGGCUCGGACUUUGCAGCCAGGCAAAAAUUGGAAGCAACUCCGGCAACGAAAAGUGUGAAGGAUAAUAAAGAUAACAUGAUUCGGUCAGAAGACCAAGAAACCAUGGAGCUUUAUGCACGUGCAAGAGAUCAGGAGAAGGAACUUCAGUAUCUUAGGGAACAGAUUGCCCUUGCAAGUAUUAGAGAAUCAGAAUUAUUGAACGAGAAAUAUGCACUUGAGAGGAAAUUCUCCGAGCUACGGAUGGCGUUGGAUGAAAAGCAAAGUGAAGUUGUUACAUCUGCAUCCAAUGAACUGGCACGAAGGAAAGGGGAUCUUGAAGUAAACUUAAACUUGCUUAAUGAACUAAAGGCUGUAGACGACGAGAAACAUAUCUUCACUACAUCUUUGAUUGGGAUAUUGGCUGAAUAUGGAACUUUGCCUCAUGCUACGAAUUCCUCUGCUUUAGCCAACAGCAUCAAGCACUUACAUGAUCAACUGCAGCUGAAGAUAAGAGCUUCUAAUGCCCGACUUGCAGAAGUGAAUGCCAUGAUCAGUAAUAAUCCCAGAAAUGGCUUUGUUGAUAAAGGAAUUGCAAAUAUAAGUCCCAUGACCGACCAAUUUCAAAAUAAUUCUAUGGGGGUACAUGGGUUUUCUUACUAUAGUCACUAUGCUGAUGGAAAAGGUUCGGAAUCAGCUGAUGAUGCUUCCCGAUAUGUGCAAGACAAUGAUUCGAAACAUGCCAAAGGCUUGACGCGGGACGCUGAGAUACGGCAGUUUCCAAAUCAUGAAAGUAUUCUAGGAACAUUACCUGACAUUGAUAGAAACGUUGCAGGUCACAUUGGGAACAACAUGCUUGAUAGAAGUGGAUUUAUGUCUGCAUCUGAGCAAAGAACUAAUCAAUUUCCCCAUGCUCCAGUGAUGCAAGAUGCCGCAGAUUCGUUUGUUUCAGAAGAUGAUGGCCCUGGAAUUGAAAACUUCCAGAUCAUAGGGGAUGCUAAACCAGGCUGUAAACUCUUGGGCUGUGGAUUUCCUAUGCGCGGAACUUCUCUAUGCAUGUUUCAGUGGGUUCGCCAUUAUCCAGAUGGUACACGGCAGUAUAUUGAAGGAGCUACGAAUCCAGAUUAUUUGGUGACGGCUGAUGAUGUGGAUAAACUUGUCGCUGUUGAGUGUAUACCAAUGGACGAGCAAGGGCGACAGGGCGAUCUUGUCAGAAUCUUUGCCAAUGAAAACAACAAGAUUACAUGUGAUGAUGAUAUGCAAGACGAUAUUGAUGCAUAUGUUUCUAAGGGAUCAGCUACAUUUCCCAUCCUAAUUCUUUUAGAUUCAUCCGAGAAUUGGGAACCAGCAACCCUGUCUCUGAGGCGACCAGGUUUUCAAGUCAAGGUUCAGAGUAAACAGGAUGUUGUAAUCUCCGAGAAAUAUUCGAAAGAUUUGCUGAUCAAAAUACCCAGUGGGCUCUCGGCGCAGUUUGUCUUAACAUGUGCGAAUGGCUCCUCAUAUCCCUUUAGCACAAACAAUGACGUGAGGAUGCGAGAUAUGAUUGUGUUGACAUUGAGAAUUUUUCAAAGCAAGGCCUUCGAUGAGAAGAGGAAAGGCAAAGCAUGAUGGUAUGCUUGUUUGACGAUCUCUUCUUAUAGGGCGGACAGAGACGAAUGAUGUCUAUAGCCAUUCUUGAUUCUUUCUUGGAAUAGAAAUACUGCGAGUUUAUAUACACACACACAUGCAUACAUACACUAUGGCGUAUAAUUUAAAUCAAAAUAAGGUUAGAUCGAGUUUUCUAUAUGUAUAUUGUGGCAUUAGAUUUAUUUCUCCAUGGAAUGUGUUUGUUAUAUAUAUAUAUAUAUAUAUCAUGAAAGUGUACAGCUUUUAGCUUGUGAUAAUUUGGAUCUCACAUAAAGGAUGGCCAUGUAUUAAUCAAUUUGUUAAUUUAGAUAUGCUUACAUAGGUAUGUUCUUGUUCAAUUUUGACCUUUUGUAUACUAUGCAUUGCACCUUU